UCUCUGGGCUGCAGUGAGGCGAUACAACCGCUCUGUUCAGCGUGUGAAAAAACGGUCUUCCCUCCUGCCGCCUCUGAACCCGACUUUGAUUUGACAUGCUGAGAUGAGCCAAAGCAAUGCAGUGUCUGCCACAUGUGAUAAGUUCACGAAAAUAUGAACUUCUGUCAUAGCACUCGUCAAAACGUUGGUGCAUGCGUCUCAAUCCUGCAUUAUUGAAUCUGUAAAACAACACACGGCUGUAAACUGAGAAGUUCUGUGACUGCAAACUGAGGAAAUCCAGUUGUGAUGUGAGCUGCUCAGUCUUCGCUCGCUUCCCUAACCGACAGCUCUGCCUCACUGCUCCCUCUCCAGGUCGCCACGGGAAAGGGGGGACUUUCCCUCGCCAGUUCCAGUUGCCAAAUCGCAGCAAGGAUUACGGAGACCGUCGCAGGACGCUUCCCCGGAGCUUCAUGCCACAAGAGAACCUGUUUCAGCUGGUUCCCUCCAGUCGCACACGCAGUUAUAAUGGAGACAGUACGCUGCAGUACAGCGACCUGCGCUCGCUGGGCCGCACCUCUGACAAGAGCUGCCAGAUUGGUACGGCCAAGUCACCACGGGCACCAGUCAACUGGCGACAAGGUAAGCUGCUGGGCCGCGGGGCGUUCGGGGAGGUCUACCUCUGCUAUGACGCCGACGCGGGACACGAGCUCGCCGCCAAGCAGGUGCCGUUUGAUCCGGACUGUCAAGAAACCAGCAAGGAGGUGAAUGCUCUGGAGUGUGAGAUUCAGCUGCUGAAGAAUCUGCGUCAUGAGCGGAUUGUUCAGUACUACGGUUGUCUUCGGGACCUGGAGCAGAAAAAACUCACCAUAUUUGUUGAGUUUAUGCCUGGGGGCUCAAUAAAGGACCAACUUAAAGCCUAUGGGGCACUGACGGAGAAGGUGACGAGGAGAUACACCAGACAGAUCCUCCAAGGAGUCUCCUACCUGCACAGCAACAUGAUUGUACACAGAGACAUUAAAGGUGCUAACAUCCUGAGAGACUCCUCGGGGAAUGUGAAGCUGGGAGACUUUGGAGCCAGCAAACGCAUCCAGACCAUCUGCAUGUCUGGUACAGGGAUCAAGUCCGUCACUGGCACCCCCUACUGGAUGAGCCCGGAAGUCAUCAACGGGGAGGGGUAUGGCCGGAAAGCUGAUGUAUGGAGUGUUGCCUGCACGGUUGUGGAAAUGCUGACCCAGAAACCUCCUUGGGCUGAGUAUGAGGCCAUGGCAGCCAUUUUUAAGAUCGCCACCCAGCCUACGAAACCCGUGCUUCCUGAUGGCGUGUCGGACGCCUGCAGGGACUACCUGCGGCAGGUGUUUGUGGAGGAGAAGUGGCGGCCCACUGCAGAUGUCCUGCUCAGCCACCCGUUCGUCCAGGGCUGCUUCUGAGGCCUGCGGACCCCCCUCCCCUCCCCUGCCUGCGAGGCCUCCGUGGCCCCAGUGCCUCCCCUCCUCUCCAGGCCCGGCCCGCCCCGUCCCCAGGGCGCCCCCUCCCACCCUGUCACCAGGCUCCAGGGCUCUGCACCACUCCAACUUCCUGCCCUGUCGUCUAUCACCAGUGUCUGCCUUGUCGGGACCCCUGCAUUUCUCACCAACUAGCUCAACCAGGAUUAUUCACAGAGAGGCCAGGUUGACUGCUGUCAGACCUCCAGAGUCCUCCGAGGCAUCGCAGCGAGUUCCCUCAGGACAGGACUGACAAGAAAGCACUUAGCAGUCCCACGAACUGCAGAGACUGCUGUCCUUUAUCAAGAGCAGGAAAAGUGACCUGAGUUAGAGAGAGAGGCGAUGUCUCACAUAUUCUGAGUCUUCACACUCUACUGCUGCAGAACAGUGUCUUGGAUCGGCCAGGCACGUAAUCGUGAUUUACUGGUGACACUGAUCUCAUCUGAUAGUACUGUAAGUUACUCACCAGUCUUACGUUAGCUGUGAGUGAAACCAAGAUGGUAAAACUAUUUUUAUAUGACACAUACAAAGUCAUCUUAGCAGAAGAGUUUUCUAUUCUAUGUGGGUGGACGCCUAAAAACAAAUAUAAACGUAUUUUCGUCAACGCCUUACAAUAAGAGUUUGUAAGUAAGAAUGUCUUUUUUAACAUCUUAGAGGUUCACAUCACAAUAUUUUCAUAGCACUCACAGCCCCACGUAGAAGGACAGUCAACGUUGCACUUUUGAUAUCAUGCAUUGAGACGUUUCCAACGUGCAAGAUAAUCAACCGAGGACUUAUUUUUCUAUUUGAUGGAUUUUCAUAUAACUUAGUAAAAAAAAAGUUGUGUAGUUUGUUCUGAUGUAAAAAAAAAAAAAGAAAAAAAAGAAGAAAGAACCAAACUUUUGUAUUAGUGUGCAAUGUCUGUUAAGCAAUACCAACACUCCUGUUCUGGAGUCUGUGACAUCCAUUCCGGCGUCCCCUGCAGCGAGCCUUGUUCCAUUCAGACGUGGCCAAAGAAACGUUGCAGAGACAGAAGCUGUCCGUGAACAUGAGUCUGAGUUAAUGUACAGUGUUAGUCACGACGGAUCGUUCUGUCACCUCAGAGCCCUAUAGCCUUUUUCUAUGUUAUGGCAGCUUUGUGCAAAUUAGACUGCACAGACCAAAUCAGACGCAUCGACAUCACAUUGUGUUUCUAUAAAAGAAAAAAGAUCAUGAAAUCAGCAUGAAGGAAGCUUCUCAUUUACAGUUUUAUUUUUUUUACUUUCGUAGUGUCGAUAUGAAUCCAGUCACCUCCAUGCCUUUACUUUGCUUGUCACGUUAUAUAAAUGAGUCAAUUAAUGACCAUAUGACAGCACACCUUGCUAUAGAGCCGCUCAGACCUGGUAACAACAUCUGUCCUGACAGAUCCGGUCACAGCGCUAAGUUCUGUUCACAUGUGGUAUUAAAAUGUGUCUGCACGUGUCUCCUGUGAUCGGAGUACACUUCCCCGCUCUAUAUGCAAAUAAUCACACACUUCCUUUCUGUUCAUGAAGACCAAAUUAUGUUGUUCUUACCCGUUUGAGUUUACAGACGUGAACUAUGACAAUGUCUGUGCUUUUUUGUCCGUGCUGGUGUGAGCGAGAGCAGAGAGAGAAAGGGGACAAAGCAAAGUCAGGAGGGACGAAGUGAAUCAAUGAGCUGCGCACAGAAAUACUAUGAAGAAAGAGUUUAACUAUUUGAAAACAGUAUUGAUCAUUCAAGAGGUUAUGUUCUCAUCAGCAUUUGUUCGAUUUUUAUUUAGCAGCAUUACAUAAAAUCUACUGGAUGGAUUAACACAAAACUUGGUGGAUAAAUGUGGUAUGGAUCACAAAAGGAACCUUUAGAGGUUGGUGCAGAUCCAGGAUUUUUUCGGACACUUUGUAUGACAAUGCAAGAAGUUUUUUUUUCGACAUCUUCACCAAUUUCCCAGGAAAUACUUCAUGGAUCAGGAUGAAAACAUUAGCGGAGUGAUAUCUAUGAGUGUGUGAAAGUUGGUGCAGCUUGGUUGAAUUUAAGAAAACUGUUGGGCUAUGAUGAAGAUAUGUGAGGUCAUGAGGGCUAUGCUAGUUCAUCGUGAAACUGUGACGGGUCCGAGGACGUCAGCUGAGUAGGCGCCGGCCGCACUUCGUAUGUGGCCCAGGACCACACAGCAAAAAGACCACAUGCAUCCCAGACCACCUCUGUAUGUGGUCAGAGUGAUAGGAUCCGCAUUAAGGAUGCAUUAUGUAGCAUUUACUACUUGUGAUCAGAUGGCUCAGGAUGGACGUUAAUACCAGGUCUGAACGGUGUCACGCCAUCUGAGAUGAAGCAUAAUGUAAGUGGGGUUGGACAGACAGGGCUAAAUGCUGUAUUCCUUAAAGUGGAGAUGAGAUGAAACCAACCGGGGGGGCUUGCUGUAAUAACAGUGGCACUUAAAAAAGAAAAAUCAAAUCUUUUUUUAUUUUACCUUUGCCAGUGCCUUAUCUGAAUCUGCUUGUAAACACAAAUGUUCACUGCCAAAGCGGGAAGCUUCUUAAUAAGACGAGCAGUCGUUCAGUAGAGAGCACACACAAGACUUGCUGAAGUUCUUUUAUAUGGAGAAAAAAAAAAAGAUUAUACUGUAAAUACAUAUUGUUCUGCACUUUUGUAUGAAAUUUUCUUUUACAUUAUAUACAAAUCUAUUUGAUGAAAUAACUACGUUAUACAGUAGAUUGUACUGUGAUUUAGACAGGAGGAUGUAUGAUUGUCGCUUUGAGAGCUGGUCGGCAGUAUGACGAGGCUGGGAGGCUUUUGAUUGGGACAGUCUGUUUUGUCUUAAUGACAAAGCCUUGAAACAUGAAAUGUAUCAUGUCAUUGAUCUUUUGUACAUUUAACUUAAUAAAUCAAAGGUCUAAGACUA